AAACAUCUCUCAUAUAUGACAAUGCAGUGCUUAAAAGAUCCACCAGAAUUAGAAGCUGUUAUUAUGAAACUGCUCCUUAUCCUGCUGCUUCUCAGCAUCUUCGCGAUCACAACAUGUGACGAAGAAGUCAACAAGAGUUUCUGCGGGUUGUGCGGGCACUUCGGAUUGCAAAAGAUUGACUUCAAGGCAGUAGAGGAAAGGUGCGAGAGGGUGGAACACGAAAUAAGCCUCAGCGUAAAAGAAUCUUGUGCAGCACUCAAAAAACUUAGCAAAGAGACCAGGGAAGCUAUGAAAGAGAAGCUGGAGAAGCUCACAUGGUAUCAAGCCUGCACCAAGAUCUGCAAGCACAGAAUUUGUAUUCUUCCAAAGAAGAUACUCCGACGCCGCCGGGGCCGAAUAGAUAAAGAAGUUAUGAGAAUUUGAGAUGCAGAACUUAUAUACGCACACUUUCAAAAUAAUAUUAAAAA